AUGUUCAAAUUGUACAUUUUGCUUGCCGCGUUCGCAACUGUAAAUUGCGAAUUCAGAUGUGCCCUCACCCACAAAGCGGCCCCAUGCAGAAACCGAUACCGCCAGCAUCGGCACAACAUUCGCUACUACAACACAGUCUUCCUGGAGCUCUCGUCCAGCGUAAUAUCAGCAGAUCAAGACUAUCAAACCGCUUGCGAUCCCAAUUACGUCAGUGAGUACUACGGCCUGGAUUUCUACACGCUGAGGUAUUUACUCCCCGACUAUAUUGACGAGAAUAUUGUGGUGAAAACGAGGCAUCGUGUGCUGUACGUCAGCGCACGGAAUUCGACAAGGGUGUUUAACGAUAUUAAAAUCCUCCCAAGGGUAGUGGACGCGCGGAGUGGGCAGUGGUUCAAGGAUAACGCUGAAUUGAACAUACUGUUCAAUUACAGGACACCACCUAAAACCGAAACAGUGUUGACAUGCGACGUGUUUGUGGACGAUCAGGUUCGUCAAGUAGCGAAUUUCAUUAUAGGUAACGAU